AUGGACUGGACUAUAUUGUUAAGAGAGAGAGAGAGAGAGAAGAACCCCAUAUUAUUACUAAGGGAGAAGAAUAGGAGCAGCAAAGAUUAUCGAGAGAACCAUCCAAUAUAUAUAUAUAUCAUGGUCAAAGGUACUAAAUUGAAAGCUUUGUUAGCUAAUCAAAAGCAAGAAGAGAAGAUCCAAAAGGAAGAACAAUUGAAGAAGGAUAAGAAGGCUCAACAACUAGCCAAAGAGGAACCAACUGUUAUUGAUAAUGAUGUUUUGAAGGCAAAGGAAGAAGAGAAAUUGGCAAAGGCUAAAGCAAAGGCUGACGCUGAGCUGCUUAAGAAUAAAGUUGACACAGAAGGAGAAGAAUAUCAAAGUCAAGCUUUAUCGAAGAAGGACAAGAGAAAAUUAAAGAAACAAUUGAAAUCCCUUGGUGUUUCAACAGAAAAAAAUAAGACGGAAGAAAAUGCGAAUGAAGAAGAAGAAUCUGAAGAUGAAGAUGAAGAUGAACAGCCACAACAACUAGAUCUUGAUAAAUUAGCAAGAAGUGACUCCGAAUCUGAUGAAGACGAAGAAGACGAAGAACAAGAACAAGACCAAGAACAAGAACAAGAACAAGAACAAGAACAAGAACAAGAACAAGAAGAUGUUCCAUUAUCUGAUGUUGAAUUUGAUUCUGAUGCUGAUAUCGUCCCACAUCACAAAUUGACAAUAAAUAACACCAAGAGUAUGAAACAUGCACUAGAACGUAUCCAAUUACCAUGGAGUAAACAUUCUUUCCAAGAACAUCAAAGUAUAACGUCCACUACAAACACUGACGAAAGUAUUAAAGAUAUAUAUGAUGACACUGAAAGAGAAGUCGCCUUUUAUAAACAAUCCUUAGAAGCUGUACAAGAAGCUCGUACUAAAUUACAAAAACUGAAAGUUCCAUUCAAAAGACCAUUAGAUUAUUUCGCUGAAAUGGUUAAAAAUGAUGAACAUAUGGAUAAAAUUAAGGGUAAAUUAAUCAAAGAAGCAAGUGAAAAGAAGGCUCGUGAAGAUGCUAGAAAGCAAAGACAAUUGAAAAAAUUCGGUAAACAAGUUCAACAUGCAACUUUACAAAAACGUCAAUUGGAAAAGAAGGAAACCCUGGAUAAGAUUAAAUCUUUAAAGAAAAAGAGAAAGCAUGACGAAAUUGAUCAAUCUGAUUUCAACGUCGGUAUCGAAGAAGAAGUUUCAGAAAAAUCAUCGUCAUCAAGAGAUCGUUCUCGUCCAAAUGGUAAAAGAGCCGCCAAAAAUGCUAAAUAUGGUCAAGGUGGUAUGAAAAGAUUUAAAAGAAAAAAUGACUCUGAAUCAUCCGCUGACGUUUCUGGGUUCUCACAAAGAAAAAUGAAGGGAAAGCAAAGCAGACCGGGAAAGAGUAGACGUUCAAAGAGAUAUUAA